AUGAAUCAUAGUUUGGACCCUGCGACCAAAAAACCAUCCAAGCAUGCAACGUUCUACCGAGAGCUCGUCCCUGCUAUGAUACCUAUAUUCAUUCUUGGGUCUGCUGUGUAUAUGGUAAGGUCUAUGGGUUCCUUGCAUUUAACUCGCAACUAUCUGGGUCAUGAGAAAUACGUGCGGGAGGCCAAGGCAGAAAUUGCUUCUCUUAAGCAACACAUCGAGAUUCUACAGUCACAAGCCUCCCCGGCCUCCCAGGCGACGCCAUCUUCCCCAAUCAACGUGAAGCGAUGGUGGAGUUUCAGUGCAAACUGACGUUGAACUUGGUUUAGCACAUCGUAAAGGCUAUGAUGGGGACACGAAAUGAUUUUCGUAUGUUGGAGUGCAUUCAUCAAUACGGACAACCGUCUUGACUGGGGCCUCAUACAUGACUGCUUCAGGGAAACAUCUAUGGUUGAGGUGCCAUGCUCCCUGUCCAACGUCCCCCGCUUGCAUUUCCUAUCUACAUGAAUGAAUGUGUCUCUGUAAUAAGCGAGAGUAAAGGGAUGCAAGAACACAACGGCCUCGAAGAAUCGUAUAAUAGCAAAGAAAUCACCAAAUAUUAUAACCAGAGAAUAGUC